UUCUAUUUAGAGGACUUGUUUAUUGAUUUAUUUAUUACAAAAAAAAAAGUAGAUAGAACACGCAUGCGCACUUAGUAUGACGUAACCCUGGUGUCCGGUUAGCUAGCUUCCGGCUAGUUAGCAAGUUGUGAACAGCGUACUAAGAAAGCGCGAAACUAGCUUACUAACAAAUACAUAACCAGUUUUUGCCUGUUGUGACCACCGACAUCGACUAUGGAUGACGAUUCCUACCCCAGAACGUUGUACGUGGGAAACCUCUCUAGGGAUGUGACCGAAAUUCUGAUUCUACAACUGUUCACUCAAAUAGGGCCUUGUAAAAGUUGUAAAAUGAUCACAGAGCAUACGACGAAUGACCCCUAUUGCUUCGUGGAAUUCUUUGAACACAGAGACGCUGCAGCAGCCCUCGCCGCUAUGAAUGGAAGAAAAAUACUUGGAAAGGAGGUCAAAGUAAAUUGGGCCACCACGCCAAGUAGCCAAAAGAAAGACACAUCCAAUCAUUUCCAUGUGUUUGUGGGUGAUCUGAGCCCUGAGAUUAGCACAGAAGAUGUAAGAGCUGCAUUUGCACCUUUUGGGAAAAUCUCAGAUGCUCGUGUUGUGAAGGACAUGGCGACAGGCAAAUCAAAGGGGUAUGGAUUUGUGUCCUUCUACAACAAACUGGAUGCAGAGAAUGCCAUUGUUCACAUGGGCGGCCAGUGGCUGGGAGGACGUCAAAUCCGGACCAACUGGGCAACACGAAAACCACCUGCUCCCAAAAACACUCAGGACAAUGGCUCAAAACAACUGAGAUUCGAUGAUGUUGUGAGCCAAUCCAGUCCACAGAACUGUACUGUGUACUGUGGAGGGAUUCAAUCUGGACUAACUGAUGAAAUAAUGCGGCAGACCUUCUCGCCAUUCGGUCAGAUCAUGGAAAUCAGAGUCUUCCCUGAGAAAGGUUAUUCAUUCAUCAGGUUUUCCUCCCAUGACAGUGCUGCACACGCUAUUGUGUCAGUAAAUGGCACAGGCAUUGAAGGACACAUAGUCAAGUGCUACUGGGGCAAAGAAUCUCCUGAUAUGACCAAAAGUUCCCAACAGGUUGAAUACGGCCAGUGGGGCCAAUGGAAUCAGGUCUAUGGGAGUCCGCAGCAGCAGUAUGGACAGCAGUAUAUGACUAAUGGAUGGCAAGUUCCCUCCUAUAACAUGUAUGGCCAGUCAUGGAAUCAACAAGGAUUUGGAGUAGAGCAGUCUCAGUCGCCUGGUUGGGUCGGAGGAUUUGGCUCUCAGUCAGCUCAGGCUUCUGCCUCGGCAAAUUCAGUUGUGUCCAACUUCAACAUGACUGGUUAUCAGACACAGUGAGCUGGUCCUAAAAAAAGCCUAUUACUGAGAAGAACCAGCUCUGGUCAAAGCAUAUUCAUAAAGCCUUUAUUUGCCUCAAAGGACAAAUAAUUUAAUUGAUAGCGCCAGUUUCAAAUAUUUUUUGCAAACGAAAAGUUCACAUAUAGUUUAUGAGGAUCCAGCGAACUACGUAAGUCUUGCCAACAUGAAAUUAAUCGGAAGGAGCUCUGACUCUGUUGCUCUUUGGCCCUUGUGUGUCGUUUUAGCAAGACUUAAAAGUUAAGAUCAUCUCAAUUGCAUUUGAAGUUUGGGUAAAAGCUUUAAUUCAUUGGUUGCCAUUGACAGCAAUAGACGUCCAAUCCAUUUGAACUGGGUGGGCGAGCAGACAAUGAACGGAUGUUUAUUCCCGGCUAGCCUUCCUGGCAGUCUGGCAAGUCUAGUGACAAAUUUAUUUAAAUUCACAGCAGAAGGUAAAGUCCCACAUAGUUGGACACUUAUCGUCAAUGGGACUGAAUGAUAACUCUAAAAACAUUUUUCUUUUUAAAUCACAAAUAUAUGCGUUUUUUGUUGUUGUUGUUGUUUUUUUUUUUUUUUUUUUUCUGCUAGUGUCUCACAUGUUUAAUUUUGUAUGAAAACUUAAAACUACAGCAAUACUUCAACAGUGUUCCUCACACUUCUUAAACGAAUAUCAAAUAUUUUCAAUUUGCCAGUUGCAGUCCUGUCAGAAUGUUUAUGGACUGCUGGCACUUGGAGCAUUUUCUAUUAUUUUAUACUACAGUUAAGAACACAGCGGUUUAUGAGUUGAUAUUUUUAAUUUACGUGUGUACAAGUCAAGAGUGUCUCACAUAACCACCAAUUGCUUCACUUGCAAUGAGCCACGGUAACCUUAUAACAUUGGCCUGUGUUCAGAUAACAGCCAUACAGUCACUGCAUUUUUGAUAUGAACGAAAAGUGCUUUGUAAAUAGAAGUCCUGAAAUAGUUUGCAGCACACAAAAAUUUCUAUUAAGCGGUGUGGCUUUAAAAUUAAAGUGGACGUAUGGCUCGGUUUACUUUUGUGAGCAAAGAUAGUGUUACUUUUACUGCUCAUCUGCCCCUUCUUUUGAGUGGACAACUGCAUGUUAAUUGUUGAGCUUUUGAAUUGUUUUGUGAGUGAGCUUAUCUCCUAGCAAAGGAAAAACUCCAUUAUAGGAUCACAGUUGCAUUUGAUUGAAGGGUUAAAUUAAAAGAAUUCACCUGCUUGUUCACGAAUGUUUGUGCAUAUUCUGGGCUGGUUUCCUAGAGGAAUAUAGUCUUCCUUUUUCAUUAUUCCUUGCUGAUCCCUGAUUUUAGAAUAUUUUUUAAUCAGUAACCUUUGUAAAGACUAUACCUUAUGUCCGACUUUAUUUUCAGGGUAUUGCAUGUUAGUGGACAAAUUUGUAAAAUGGCAGUUUUCCACACAAAAGACAGAAGGUACUACUAUCCCCCCGCCCCACCAGUGUUCUUUAAAGUUUGUAGUUAAACAUUUUCCAUUUGGCUUGAAUUAAUUUGCCAUUUGUUUUAGCACAGCAGCUUUUUUUUUGUUGGGGGGGGGG